UAUAACCUGAGUUUUUCUCGUAAUGGUACGAAUAUCAAUUUGUAAACUUGCAAGAUCAAGGAUAACAUUGUUUUUCGAUCAACAUGGUCGACCUUGCCGCAUAAAUAUAAUACCACAGUUGCUUGAUGUACGGCUUCGUUCACAAGUUCUCAUAACACAUCGUACAUUCGUGGUAUAUACCUAGUUGCUUCUGGAUAUAAACAUGUCAAAUGAUUGUUCAGCAUUCGAUAUUGACCUGUCACCAAGUUAUUGGUCAAAAAGAUUUCCACGGGAAAGAAUAUGUUUAGAACACGUCAAUUUCAUCACAAAAUGUAGUGAGGAAGUGAAGAAUUCUGUUCCAAAUCAACUGAAUAUUCCAUAUGGUCAAGGAGAACGUGAAGUUAUUGAUAUUUAUGGUACAGAUUUACCACAAGAUGCUCCUGUAUUUAUUCAUUUCCAUGGAGGAUUCUGGCAAGAAAAACUGAUACGUCACAACCUCAAUUCGUUCAUUGCAAAAGUUUUGCGAGAAAAUCAAAUCAAGUCGAUAUUCGUUGGUUACGAGCUUUGCCCGAAUGUAACUCUUGAUGAUCUUUCAAGAAAUAUCGAGAAGGCACUGAAGAAAUGUCUGGAAUACGUAAAACAAACAAGGGGAAUUCACUUGUCUGGUCACUCGGCAGGAGCUCAAAUUGUAGCCAAUCUCUUCAAAGAGUUCAUACCGAACCUCCCCGAAGAAGAAAGAAAAUUAUUCAAAACAGCUUAUUUGUUGGCGGGCAUAUACGAUCUGAUGCCUCUCCUGAAGACCAGUUACAAUGCCCCGUUGAAAUUGGACGAACAAUCAGCUAAGAGAGCUAGUCCUCUAUGGCAAAAACUUAUAGCUGAAGGCACAGAUUUUUAUGUAGUCGUCGCUGAACAUGACAGUCCUCAAUUUGUUGAACAAGGAAACAAAAUGAAUGAAUACCUUUUGAGUUUGAACUUGAAGUCCCAUUUGGUGACUAUUAAAGACGUCGAUCAUUUUGAUCUACUCGAGAAAUUGUUUGACUCUGAUUACGAACUCACCAAAUUGAUCGUGAAAAGUUGUUCAGAGUAAAAUAUUGACGAAAAGACUCCAAAAAUUCACCUGAGUAUUUUUCUAACAGUGGGGAAUUUAAAAAAAUACGUUUGUGUGCAGCUAACCGUAAUUUAUCAUCAUUUGGAAGAUAUAUGAAUUUUGUAUGAAUCAAGCAUCAAGCUUUUUUCAUCUCUUUUAGCCAAAAAUAUAUUACAAGUCUUUUUGUAUUUUCCAUAUUAUAGUGUUGGAAAAUUA